UAUGGGGCUCCACUUUAUUUGCAUUGAAAUGCAAUAGAAAGCCUCAGUUGCAAACACAGUCAGGCAAACAUACCAACAGCUAACCGGUGGCAUAAUCCAAUUAAGCCUUUCUCUUAAAUUAAACCACAGAGAUUUAAAGUAUUCUGGUUCUUAAUUAUUUUCAAUCUUGGAUGGGUGAACACCAGAUGAUGACUUUGUCUGCAAGGUCAUUUCCACCUUUAUUGAUGCAGAAUCUUGCCAUUCCAAGGUACAGCACAUCAAGGACGUUAACCCAUUGAGACCGGCCUUGGCGUCAUUUGCAAGGGUCGUGGUGGUCUAACCCGCUGGACUUCAUUUGGCUGGACAAGACUUUACUUCUCUUGUAAACUCUGUAACCCUCACAAAAGGAAACCACCGAUAUCAGCUAUCAAAGACUUCUGCAAGGAGACAACUUGUUGAAAGGGAUUCCAAUGGGGACAAUACCUAAUCCACAGAGGACUGUAACAGUUCAAAUGGGCACACCCCGUGUAGUAGGAGAUCACCAGGGGGACAAGGAGUCUACUGACAAAUGGCAAAAACAAACAAGCUCAAAUCUAAACAAGACUUACACAUCCCCAGCUGAUCACAGACAGAGUAAUGCUUGUUUAAUUGAGUCAGAUGUGACUCCAGCUAACGAGACCUUAGGCUGUGGGAAACAAAGCAGGAUGGAUAUUUGUAAUCCAAAAGGAGAUAACAGGAAAUCAGAAAUUAUAAUUCCCAAAGAAUUGGACUCAACCGGAAAUUUGAAAAGCUGGUGUAACACUGACCAUAACACUGACCGUAACACAGAAGAAAACAUAAGGGAUAAUAACGCCAAUCUAACAGUAUUAACAGCCUCUCAGAAGGAGAAAGGUUCUACAACAAGCCAGUCUGCUCCUGUUUACUUACCAAAGACAGAUUUACAGGCAAAUAACAAUGAUAUCUCCUCUGAUUGUCUCCUUCCAAAGCCAAGUAUAACGAGCCAUGUUGGCAUUGUCACAGCUAAUGUCAUUGCCUUGUCCUUGCAAUCAACAAAACGAAAGGAUUCUGACAUCACUGAAGUGAAUCCAUCAGUCUCCGCUGAUUCGGAAGCACAGAGCUCCAAUGUAGCAACGGGUAAUGAUGUUUCAGAAAAAACUGAAGGUGCCAAAAAGAACCAAGAUGAGACAACACUAGUGAGACCUCACAAAGAGCUGUCAGAGAAUAAGGCAAUAAAUUCACCAACUGAAGUUCAACAGUCUUUUUUAAAAGGAGCAUUAAACCAUGAGUGCAUUGAAAAGGACUUAAAGGUCUUGAAGGACUCUGAGAGAUCUUCAUACAAAGCCACACAGGAAGGCCUGCCAGAGGAUGUUGCAGCUCCUGGAGGACAACAGAAAGGCUUAACGCUGGCACAGAUGGCAAACCAGGCAGCACAAAUCCAGAGCGUUCUGCCAGAGGCAUCACAAGGCCAAAAAGAGCAAAGGAAGAAAUUUAAAGAGGUGUCAACAAUGACAUUUCCGUCUGAAUGCAGUCCCAUUGCUAGAAAGAGCUGCCAAGAUGUAGAGGUCCAAACUGUUCCCGGUGUUCAGUGCAAAUCAGCAUCCACUAGCCCAUAUCUUUUUCCACCAAUUGUUUGCCCCAACCAUUGCUGUGAAGGGAAAGAUGAUUCUGAUCAUCUAGCAAUGGUGUACCAGAUGAAGACUGGGUUGGAGCCAUCGAAUCCCGUUUACGAAAUCACCACAGGAGUAGGUCCAUUGAAAGGUCCUAGUGCCAUUCAGGAUAUACUUUCGCAGACACCUCUUACAAAUGUUUUUCAGGCAAGUGUGUGUCACCCACCAAGAAAUGGUAAACACAACUUAACUGACCAAUCAGAGACAGCCAAAGUGGAUGCUGAUUUAGCCAAGGUUACCUGUAAUAUAACAGUGAAUAAUCAGCAUUCCGUAUCAACCACUCAAAGUGAAUUUGGACCUGGAACAAAGCCCAAGGAAAACACUCUAGAAUAUAAAUGUAUUGUAAAAGAGGAUGAUUUGCCUUUAAAACCUGUUUACAAAAUAAAUAUAGAGACUGCCAGCCAUGCUGACCCUGUUCCCAGUAUUAUGUUACAGAGUGAGCCAUCAAAUACUCAAGAAAACAUGAACAAAGCAGACCCUACUGGAGUGAAUAAUGUAUCUUCUGAUGGCCUCUCUACUAAACCAAGUACAACCAACCAUUCUUGCUGUGCCAUUGCUGAUGUUAAGCCCUUGCCUAACCAAGCAACCAAACUAGGUGUUCCUGAUACUAAAUGCUCUCUCUCGGCACAGGAAACAAAACUUUGCCCUGUAAAAUUAGAUACUUCAAAGCAAGCACCACCUUCCUCCACUGGGAAAGCUAGUGAAUCUGCCCAGUCUAAAAGAGAUGAUCACAAUACUGUUCAUUCAGCCAGGCCAAAUAUUGUCAUUGAUAGUAUGAAGCAAUCCAUGCAGUCUGAAAAUAAAUCUAAGGUCAGUAGCAAACCAGCACAAGCUGAGAAUCUCAAGGCUAAUUCUAAGCAUUCAGACCACAAAUCUUCCGAGGCAAAAAAAAAUUCAGCUCAUAGAGAAACUAAUUUGGGAAGCAAGAAAAACGAGACAAGCUCUAAAAGCAAACAGCAAAAGAAAUCUAAGGGUGUCCAAGAUGUACUGUGGGAUGAACAAGGAAUGACUUGGGAGGUUUACGGUGCCUCCCUAGACCCUGAAUCUCUGGGAUUUGCCAUCCAGAAUCACCUCCAGUGCAAGAUCAAAGAGCAUGAGAAAAAAAUAACACCACAGACUCAGAGCAGAAAGUCAAUUUCCUCAGAAACUUCCACCAGCAAGAAAAAUAAAAGGAGGCAGCAGAACAUUUUCAGGUCCGUCCUUCAGAAUGUCCGACGGCCAAACUGCUGCGUGCGCCCUCAUCCCUCCUCUGUGAUAGACUGAACUGGGGUCUGGGCUGGGGUGUAAAAUAUCUUUUAUGUUUCCUUCAUCAUCUGUAAGUUAGUCUCCCUUCACAUUGGUUUUGGAAAUAAACAAGUAAAUGGGUAAAUGGGAAUUGGUUAAAAGUGUGAUCUAGCCUGAAUUGUUUAAAGUAAACUUUACAUAUAAGCAACCAGGGCAACCUGUUGCUGCAAGCCUAGGCUCAUUUUUCUUUCUUUUUUCUUUUUUUAAGAACUGUAUUAGCUUAGCAUACAGAAAAAAAACACUUCUAAGAAAGACUGUAUCAUAGAAAUCCGGAUUGCAAUAAUAAUAUAAAUGAUGUGCAUGUGAAUUUGUUACCUCUAACCAUCCCAAGGGAUUUUAUGUAUGAUAACUUUCAUGUUACCAGUAAAUAAUAAACCAUUGUAAAGCGUGUGCAUUUGUUAAAUGUUUUUUAACAGUUUUUUUUUUUUGAAAGAUUGAACUUCGAUCCUAAUUUUAAGAACUCAACAAAGCGCAUUUCACAUUGACUAAUACUGUGCUGGAGUCUGAGACUCUUUUAUGUUGCCUCCAGGUAAGAAUUACCGUCGUUGAUUUGUUUUUUGGCUAGACAGACAUCUGUGUCCACACAGAUCACACCUAAAUGGGACUUGUCUGAGAUAUUUCAAUGUCCAUGUUGAGUUCUCUGUUAAUGCUAUAUACCAAUCUGACCAAUCCAACACUUGACCUGAUUAAUUCAAGGUGGUUGACUGUAUUUUAACUCCCGUGUUGUGUUUACCAUUUAUUAAAAAAAAUAAAUAAAAGA